AUGGGCUGCGGCAAAUGUGUAGUGUCUGGUGAUCGUCACUAUCUGACCUUUGAUGGACGGGCCUUUGAUUUCCAGGGCACUUGCACUUACAGCUUAGCCAGAGUGUGCAGCAGUGAUGCUGGGCUGGCAAACUUCUCCAUGGUGGUAGAAAAUGAGAGCUACGGUAAUGGGCAAGUGUCAGUGGCACGGCUGCUGGUGGUCUCCAUUCAUGGUUACACCGUCACCAUGGAGAGGGGAAGGAAGUGGAAAGUCACGGUGGACGGGGAGCUCUACACUCUCCCGCUGGCUAUGGACGAUGGGAAACUUUGGAUCAACCAGGAGGGGAACAACAUCAUUGUCCAGUCUGCCUUUGGCCUCAAAGUCCUUUACGACACCUCCUAUUAUGUCCUAGUCUCCAUCCCCAGCUCCUACAAGGGACACGUGUGCGGCUUGUGCAGCAACUUCAACGGUGACAAGAAUGACGACUUCCUGCUGCCCAGUGGGAAGAGCACCCAGAACGCGGAUGAGUUCGGGGCCUCCUGGAAGGUGCCUGUUGAUGGUGCCACGUGCACCGAUGGCUGUGGGAAAAGGUGCCCGGUCUGUGAUGAAGCUCAGACAAAGCCGUACCAGGCUGACAGCUCCUGUGGGUUGAUCAAAGCGACGUCAGGUCCCUUUAAACACUGUCACUCACUGGUCAGCCCUACUGAGUAUUUCAACCAUUGUCUCUAUGACAUGUGUGCUGCCAAUGGAGCAAGAGAAAUCCUCUGCCAGAGUGUCCAGGCCUAUGUGGCCCGGUGCCAAGCAGCUGGAGGCACAGUCAGUGCCUGGAGAACAGCCUCCUUCUGCCCUUUCACCUGCCCAGCCAACAGCCACUACGAGCUGUGCACUAGAUCCUGUGAUUUCACAUGUGCUGGCUUGUUCCCCCCUGCCCAGUGCACUGCGAAAUGCUUUGAAGGCUGCCAGUGCGACGCCGGCUACGCAUUCAAUGGGGAAACGUGCACGUCCAUGGAAGGAUGCGGCUGCGUGCGUGACGGACGCUACAUCAAGGCCGGGGAGAGCAUCAUCUCCGGCGCUUGCUCUGAGAAGUGCACCUGCCAGGCCUCAGGCGGGCUCGUCUGCGAGCCACACAGCUGCCCCGGCAAAGAGAUCUGUGCGCUCCAGGAUGGGGUGCGCGGCUGCGUGAAGCAGGAAGGCCGGUGCACACUGCUCCCUGGAGCCCAGCUCACCUCCUUCGACGGCGCCUCUGGAGGAGUUCUGCACAGUGGCGCUUACGAGCUGGCCUCUCUCUGCAACGACAGCGCCCCCUCCUGGUUCAGGGUGGUGGUGGACAUCAGGGCAUGCAGCGAUGGGGCAGUGAUGGCUGGGACAACUGCCUACAUUUUCUUCCAAGAUGCUUUCAUAGCUGUGAAAAGGAACAAGGAGACCUGGGACGUGGUGUACAGACUGGAGGGGGAUGACGUGAGUUAUUGA